GAAUUAAACCUAACCGCCCCUUUUUUUCAUUUUCGUUUUCAAAAUCUAUUUGAUGAUUAGACAGCGGUUGAGUUUCGCGGGUGACUGUCUUUAAAAUUUUCAUAUUUGAUAGUAUUCUAUUCUGGCCAAUACAAUACCAGAACACGUAUCCAAAGCCCCAAAUGCUUGAGAGCUGAACUCAAGCCCUAGACGAAGAAGAAGAGAAAGCAAGCACGAUUCAAUUGUCAUAUCGAUGUCGGACCUUUUUCCAGACGAAAUUGUGGUUGAAAUCCUCCACAGACUACCCACCAAACCCCUAAUCCAAUUCAGGUCUGUUUCCAAAUCAUGGUACUCUCUCGUAACUAGCCCUAAUUUCAUCAAUACCCACCUCAAUCACUCUCUUACUUCCAAUACCUACAUAAACAGUUAUGAUAAUCUCCCACUCAUGAUCGUUAGGCAAUGUGUUUCUACUUCGGAUCCCAGAACAGAGCACUACAAACUAUUUCUUGAUUCUCAAGACUCAUUUGAUGAAUAUAAAGAACUUGAAUUCCCAAUUAAGAGUCGUCGUCUCCACUUUUUUUUCGCAAUUGGGUCUGUCAAAGGUUUGUUUUGCCUUCACGAACAAGAUCGGUAUUUUCUUUGGAACCCAUCGAUUAGAAAGUCCAUGGCUAUGCCCAAGCCUACUGUCAAGACCUCUAAGCAUUAUCAUGGGUUUGGAUUUGUUCCCCGGACCAACGAUUAUAAAUUGGUUAGAAUAGCGGACUUUUAUCCAACUAAAUUGCCCAAUGUGAAGCAGCCAACAACAACAACACACAUUGAGGUUUACUCCCUUAAUGCGGGCUCGUGGAGAAUGUCUAGCACAGGGAGCAACUCUUAUCCGGAUGGGAUUACUAUAAGUUAUUCAGGGCGCUUCGCUGCUUAUUUAGAAGGGGCGGUUCAUUUUGUUGCGACUAUGAAGAAAACCAAUGAUAAGUUGAUUUUGUCGUUUGAUUUGUGUGAUGAGGUGUUUCAAAUGAUGUUGUUACCGGAUGGUAUUGUAGGCCCACUAACCGAGGUCCGUACUUCAGUAUUUGGAGGAUUGCUUUCUCUGUUAUGUUACGAAAAUACUGCUGCAAACAAGUCUUGUUCCAUUUGGAUUAUGAAAGAGUAUGGUGUAGUUGAUUCUCUGUGUAAACAGUUCACCGUUGAUCUAAGUGGAGGAAUUACGGAGCUAUUAGGUGUACGGAAUAAUGGUCAUAUAUUAUUGGAGGCAAAUGCACCAAGUGAUUGGGUGCUAUCUUCAUAUGACCCUUCGAGCCAGCAAAUCAAGAAUUUGGGAGUUUAUGCUACUGCAUACCGUUUUGUUGUUGAUACUUAUGAGGAAAACCUAAUCUUACUCGAUAAACCAAAUGAUGCAUUUUCUAGAAGGCGAGUGAGCAGGAAGACGAAAGACAGGUUUGACCAAAGCUCUCAAGCACGAAUAGAUGCACUUGUGAUUGAUAUUCGAAGGCAGCAUCGUAAAUAUAGCCUCCAAUUUGAAGAGAUAAAGAGAGAGAUAGAGGUAGCAAUUGAGGCCAUGGCAAGAAUGGGGCCUCAACACAAUGCUGAGGACUUUGCCAAACUCUUUACUUUUUUUUUGCCACUUCAACUCAGGGAUGUUUCAAGCAACGAACAAAUUGAUUCGAUGAUGCUCACUGCCACUUCUCAAGGUUCCGUGGUGAAUGAUUGUGAUGUAGCUGAGAAACUGAGCAACAGUAGUGUUCUUGGCAAGGGUGUGGGCGUCAAGGGCAAAGAUUCGAAUGGAUGCACCUCCUCAGGCCAAGGCAAGGAUUUGGAGGCAGAUUUAAUAAAAAUGAAGGCUGAAUCUGCUGAAGGGCUGAAGAAGUUGUCUCAAAUAAAGGAUAUGAUAAUGCAGAUCAUUAGCAAAUCGUUAAAACCUACGGAUUACAGUGCUGGCAUCUAAUGCACAGCCAUGUUCCAGGUACAAUCUAAAGCUUAUUAAAAAUUUCUAUUGAAUUGUGUGCUUUUGGUUAUUAAUAUAUCUAUGAGUUCACUUGCUUUUCGUGGUUGGAAAUAUUAUGAUAUUUGUAGUAUCUUGUUAGAUAAAAUCAAUAUGUUGAAGAGGUUGCACGAACUGUUUCUUAUUGGCAAAAUUGUUUUCUGAUUUUUGUUGUAUUAUAUACUUUCAUGCAUAUAUUAUAUUCAUGUAUCAUCUUUUAAUUACCUUACAUUUGCUAGUGUUUUUCAAAACCUUGUCUAGUUGUUAGUUUUAAUGUUUUAAAUGUUGUCAACGUUGUUGGCAUAUGGUUUAUGGGUUUCUCUUGAUGGUGAUAGGAGUGGUGAGUCGUUAUUGUUGCUUGAGGUGUCAGAUAUUAUUUCAAUGAGGACUGGUCAAUAGAACAAAAUGGUGGUUGGGUUGCCAAAUUGAUCUAAUAAUUCCUAGGAAUUUGGUCCCUUUCAAGAAAUUUAAUUGGGGAGGUAAAUUCAAAUGUGACUAAGAGGAGAGGGAAUGAAGUUAACCGUCUACGAAGCACAAACACUUCCAAAUAGGUGGCAUGUCGUGUUGGACACGGGCACUUGUUGGACACUUGCCAAUCAUGUCCAACUAUUUUAAAAAAAAUUUCAGAC